AUGAAAAUUAUUAUUUCAAAUGAUAGUGGCCUUCCAAUUUAUGAGCAGAUAAAAAAUCAAAUCAAGGCUCAAAUUGUUGCUGGAGAAUUAAAAGCUGACGAAGGACUUCCUGGUAUGAGGACUCUUGCCAGCGACUUAAAGGUUUCUGUCAUUACAACAAAGCGUGCCUACAAUGACUUGGAGCAAGAGGGAUAUACUUAUUCCGUGCCAGGCAAGGGUUCCUUUGUAAAAGAAUUAAAUGAAGAAGUUGUAAGAGAGAAUGCUCUUGCAGAGAUUGAAAAAUAUUUUGCUGACGCAAUGAUUGUUGCCAAGGCUGCAGGAAUUGGCAUAGAAGAAUUGCAAGAAAUUUUAAAUACAUUAGAUGAGGUGGGUGAAGUAUGA